CAAGGUAGCCAUGGUAUGGUUUGCUUAUGAUAAUGUAGACUCUAUGUUGAGAGCUGUUAUGCAAAGAGUUGACUAUUUUAUUUUCAUUAAUUGCCUGUGUUAAUCAACCCAUCCUUAACUUUUUUUAGCAAUUGUAAUUAGUGAAGAAAACAAUGAUUAGCUGAAUAAUUGAUUUAAUUCAAAAUUAUAUCAAAUAUCAAGGUUGAUUGGUAGCAAAGAAAGCUAAAUAAAAAUGGAGGGAAAAGUGUUUAUAAAACAAGUGGACAUCUGUUCAGACAAAUCAUUAGUUCGAGUAAACUUGUUCAAAACAGUUAACCAUUUUAAUCAACUUUACAUCAAAUUGUUCAUCAUUUUGGGAUAAUGUCACUAACCAUUUUACUCCUCUCAUCAUUUUUUGGACUGGGCUUUACCCAAUCAACUCAACAACCUUUAUCAACUCAGUCACAGUUGCCAUUAUCUGCUGGUCCCAAUGGCUCGGAUAUUUGUCUAUCCAUCGUUAAUUCGGCGUUACAAACUCUCAACAGUACUUUUGAGCUUCAAGCUGCCGCAUUAAACCAACCUUUCGACUUAUCUCUCUUACCAGAUGAUUGUUUCUUCUUCAAAUCACCCGAAACUACAUGCCAACAAUUUCCAAAUAAUCUUGGUGAUAUGAUCUCAGUUAUGGUCUGGGUUACUCAACUUAUUCAACGAUGUGAAAUUCCUGGUUCUUGGGUUGGUUAUCCAACAAUCCUACCCAACGUUAACCAAGGAGUUAGACAAUUUUCUACUUCCCUUGGCGCAAGUGGUUCGGCUGGACCUGCUGGAACACUUGGUGUUAGUAGUUCUGUAGGGUCCAAUGGAGCUAACUUAGGAGGUUCAAUUGGUAUGGCUCCCAAUAAUUUUGGAGGUUAUGGACAAGGUUCAGCCAUGGUUAACACAGGUGCCUCAGGUACUCCAAUUAUGAUGGUUCCUGUCCAAGCUCAAGCUUCCGUUGCCGCAACUCCUGCUAAUCCUUUUUCAACCAUGUUAGGCAUCAUUGGUUCAUCAGUUGGACCUCAAGGAGUCACAAUUAGUCCUGCUACAAUCGCCGGAAUAUUAUCAUUAAUCAAUCAGGUUGUGGGAAUAGCAGUACAAUUAGCUCCUAUCGGUGGAGCUAUUGCCGGACCAUUGGGAGCUGCUUUAGGCUGAAUUACAUUAAUUUAACUGUCGACUACUCAUUGAUCUGACCAAACUAUUUGCAGUCCGUUAUACCGUUUGCUGAAAUUCAACCCAUUUUCAAGUCUUAAUAUUUAUUGAUGUCCACAAUUUAUCAAGUCACAAGUCUGUUUUAUCUAUUUAAAUUAUUACAUUUUUUACAUUUCAUUAAAUAAUUUAUACAAACUA